CUGGCAGCUUUCGGCUUAUUAAAGGAUUACGCGAAAACCGCAAUGCUAAACAAUCCGGCCAGGUUUUUCCCCCUUCUUCUCACGCUUUGCGUCCUGCUGGAAGAAGGUCUGGGCCGUCCUUCGGCAGAGUCCCCCCGAGCUGCGGCCAACAGCAAGCACCUGAGGACAAAGCGCUGCUCUUGCAAUAAUUGGAUGGACAAGGAAUGCAUAUAUUUCUGCCACCUGGACAUUAUCUGGAUCAACACGCCGGGGCACUCCACUCCCUAUGGCCUGGGAAACCUGGCGGAGCGUCAGAAGAGAGCUCUUGACCGGUGCGAGUGUGCGCACUCCCGGGAUAGCAUCUGCACUACUUUUUGCCACAAAAGGCCUUGGGGUCCCAGGAAUCAUCCGGUGCCUGCAAGCACAGAUAUGCUAGAAAAGCUUUUCCGGAGGAGUCUUACGAAACACAGCAAGAUGAACUUCUGAGAGUUCUCAGGAAUCUUGCUCUUUAUAACUCCCUGUUCGCCGGAAACAAGCACACUUCUCCAAGAAAUCCCAACCAGCUCUUCACCUAUCUGAGAAGAACAUCUGGAAGAAAAGCAAGAAACAAAAAAAAGACAAGGAAAGGCUGAAAGCUUGCUCUUCACUCCGAUGGCACGGAGACCUGUGGUUGCCAGACGCUUGUACUAAACGGGUACCUUGAAGUGGGAGGCGAGACCACCAAAAGAGGAAAACUAGAUGGGAAAAAAGGCUGUUGGUGGAAGGUGGAAGGAUCUAACAGAGAUGAUGGCACAGUUCCUUCAGUACUCCGGAGACGGUCUGAAAGGGGGAAUGGCCUCUCUGUUUUGAUGCAACCACUGUGUUGGAUCAAAAAGAGGACUUUUCUUUUGGAUACCAACAGGACUGUGUACGAGAACUGAGUGUAAAUGGCUGGCAUUUGGAGGCGGCAACUUUUAAGCACAGCGGCCACAUGCGGCUAUCACCUAGGUGGUGCCUUCUCCCUACCUCAGGACUUUGCCUGCUCUUGCUCUCAGACAUUUGCCUUAGUUUUGGACAUUUGCCUUCAAAUGUUGGCCAACUUCCCCCCCCCCCCCUUUCUCCUUGUCUCCUGAUUCUUCUUGUCAACAAAAAUAUCCCCCCACAGCUGCUCAUAAAAAGAGGAUCAGAUGUAUACUGAACCAGACGUUCCCAACCUGAGUAAUAGGUGCACAACAAAUCUAUCUCCUUUCUGUUUUGUUUUUGUUUUGUUUUGAAAAGGAAAAAAGAGAGUGUUUUUACAGUAGCCGUGGCUCGACUCAUUUCUCCCAAGCUUGUGUCCUCUCUUCUCUUUGGGGUAAUUUCAGUGUUGAUGGGAAAUGGUGUAGGCCGUGAAAGAAUAAAAAAAUGCUGCAGGGAAGGGAAAGUCUUCACUACACCAUAAAACCAGUUUAAGGGAUGUGGCUUUUCCUGAGGAACACUGGGAACUGUAGUUGCAAGAGGAUUUUUUGUAAGGUUUACUAUUUCUGUAAAACAAUAGCUGAAGCUGCAUUACACUCUUGAGCUUUCCAACCAACUGUUGUCUACUCUGACUGGUCAAAGCCACAAGGUCUUUCCCAGUCUUUCCCAGCCCUGCUGGUUGAGGUAGCUUA